AUGAGGAAUAUAAGUGAUAUAAUUCAAUUUUGGUCGACUCCGAGAAUGCCCUCCUUUGAUAAUAAUGUAGAUAAAGAAACAAGAACAAAAUUGGUUAAUAAAUAUGCUAAACUUUGUUUUCUCUUCUCUGUAACAUUGGUAUGCAUUAUGAUACCUUUAUGGUAUUCUUUAUCGGUUACCUUUACAUUUUUCAAAAUUGAGCAUAGAUUUAAACACCAUAUAUUUAAGCCAGGAACAUGGUACCAUCGUUUACCUUUAUAUCAUAAUACUUCAUUACGGCAUUGUAUAUUUUGGUGCAUUGUCUGUACAGUAGCAGUUUUUCAUCAUACCAGUUAUGAUCUAUUACAAAUUACAAAAAGAUUAGGAAGAGUCGCAGUAGCAUUGAUGCCCCCUUUACUCUUCGUGACAUUAAGACCUUCCCCAUUGCCACAAACUUUAUAUCUGCGAAUUUUACCAAUUCAUAAAUGGAUUUCAAGAGUCGUUGUACUAGCGUCUCUUUUGCAUAGCAUAUUUUAUGCGUAUUUUAUGGUCAUUAAAGGUGUCUUUUGGAUAAAAAUUAAAAAAUUACCUAAUGUAUAUGGUGUAAUCGCAAUGGUUUUAUUUUUCAUUAUUGGUAUCACCUCAAUAAGGAAAUUUAGAAGAAUUAACUUCCGUCUGUUUUAUUAUAUUCAUUACAUUUCAACUUGGUUGACAGUAAUAUUGAUUCAUUUCCAUGCAAGACCAGGUGUUCCAUAUUAUACUGCAAUGAACUGUGCAAUUUUAUUGUAUCAAUGUGGAUAUAGAAUUAUUCAUACUAAAAUGACCAAAAUGAUAGUCACUCCAAUAUCACCAACACUUUCAUUACUUGAAUUUCCAAUGACAGAUUUGGUCAAGAAACCAGUUUUACCAUCCGGACAUGUGAGAAUUAGUAGAUAUGACUCGAAUUUUAUUAAAAGGAUGUUAUUCCAAUUAGUUCCAUUCCAACAUCCAUAUACAAUUGCAAGUUUACCUGAUGAGGAUACUGUUAGACUUAUUAUAAGAAAUGGUCAAUUUAAAUUGAAGAAUGGUGGAUCCUAUUAUGUUACAGGAGCCUUUGAACCAAUUAUUAAUUUUUUGGAGAGACCUAAGAAUGUUAAACAAUUUCUUGAUAACCAAAAGAAAAGAAUCAAUCCAUUUCAAGUUACAUCGUUGGGGUUAAUUCAUUCUCCGUUACAUUAUGUAGUUAAUGCUAGACGUGUACUGAUCUGCGUCGGUGGUUCUGCUAUAGCCUUUGGUUUGCCAUUAUUAAGAGUUUUGAAUUUCAAUGGUAUCAUUGUAAGAUUAAUAUGGGUUAUUCGUGAUUUCAGAGAUUUAAAACUAUUAGAAUUUUUCAGAAACAAUUUUGAAGGUAUGGAGAUAUAUGUUAGUGGUGAUUUUGGAAGUGAACAAGAUAUUCAACUUAAUUAUGAUGAUCGAAGAACCGAAACUGCUAAUGAACCCUCUUUAAUAUCAGGGAAUAAUGAAAAUUUUUCAUUGUUGGCAUCUUCAAACAAUAAAACCUAUGGCACUACAAGAUCAGACUAUGUAAAUGAACCAGAAGAUCAUCAAGAAGUAGAUGAAAUAGAUUUUACAAACUCCUUUAGAAUUAAAAAGAAUAGAUCAAGGUCUCAAUUACGUCUAGACAAUAAAUUGAGUGAAUCACAACAGAGAUAUGCUUCAGGAAAUGUAUUCAGAAAAGAUGUCUUAUUAAAUCCAACAGCUUAUAACAACAAUGGAUGCAACCAUGAUGGUGAUUGCAAUGAUGAUCAUGAUAAUGACGAUGAAGCAACACCACACCUCAUGGAAGAAGAUGAACGAAUUAAGAUUCCUUCUGGUGUAAAGAUAUAUUGUGGCAGACCCAAUCUAGAUGAGCGUGAUUAUGCAUGGUGCUUAGAACAGGAUUGUGAUACCUCUAUUGAUGAUGACGAGUGUUGUCAAAACAGAUUUGAUGGUUCUCUUAGUGCAAAUGUUGAAAAGUUAUCCCAAGUAUGGGUUGUAGCUGCAGGGCCAGAUGGAUUAGUAGAGAGUACGCGCCAUUGGGCUACAGAUGGGGGGUUACAUUUUCAUGCAGAAAGUUUUGCAGUUUAG